CGUGGGAGUCAGGGCGGUGUAGCUGCACGAAGGUCGCGGCGCCGUAUAUAACGCAGGAGAGGCUGGGCACAGGAGGACCCAUCUGCAGGAGUCGCCGCCGUCAGCACCACACACAGGAGCACCAUGAAGCUUGUGGUAAUCGUCGCGGCGAGCCUGGCGGUGGUGGCGGGGACGCGGAGUCAGCCCAGGGUGGAGGAAGAGGACGCUGUGUCCCUGCCGUUCCUGAAGGACCUACCGCGCCCCUGGGUGCUGGAGCAGGUGCCCCCGCCUGGUAGGAGUACGAAGAAAGAGCCCACCACGCGGCCUCCCCUGCUGAAGGAGGCCCCGCAGUACUACUACCCUUAUUACUACGUGCCGCUGUCCUUCCAAAAGUACCGCACGAAGGACGGCGUGGGCGUGGCCGUGCAUCCCGGGGGCGCCACGUCCUUCGUCUCCCCUCAGGUGCAUGGCGUUGGGAAGCGAUCGGCGAAGCCUUCUGUAGUCGUGCGCCGGAGUCCCGUGCCCGUGCCCGUGCUGCCUCCCUACAUGUACGACCCCUGGCGCUACCCUUACUACCCGCCCUACCGCCCCCUUGUCCUCCGCACCCCUCCCUUUCCGCCACGUAACUUUGUCUACCACAAACAGACGCACAAGCAGGCCCCGCUGACCUCAGAACACGGAUACAGCUACGGGUGGUGAGAAAGUGGCGAGACGGGGAAGGGCACUAGGGCAGGGCAGGGCUGGGGCGGGAUGGGUUGGGACGUGGCGGGCUGGGGUGAGGGUGGGGCUACGGGCAGGCAUGAAGAGCAGGCGGCAGUAGAUCAGUGUUGCUGUUCACGCUGGUUUUUCUUCUCUCUUUGUCACGCGAAGGUCAUUAAAUGCUUGAUGCAACUAAAGGG